AUGUCGGCUGGCAUCUCUACUCUUCUUUCUGGCAGCAGCCAGGGCCAGAACACAAGAGCCCUGUUCCGUGUUGUCAUCCUCGUCCUGAUCGCUGGAGCCGCCGUUGCCAGUCGUCUGUUCUCGGUCAUCCGUUUCGAGAGUAUCAUCCACGAGUUCGACCCUUGGUUCAACUUCAGGGCCACCAAGUACCUCGUUGCAAAUGGAUUCUACAGCUUCUGGGACUGGUUCGACGACCGAACAUGGUACCCGCUGGGUCGUGUCACCGGCGGAACCCUGUAUCCCGGCCUGAUGGCCACCAGCGGCAUCAUCUACCAUCUUUUCCGCCUCUUGACCAUUCCCGUCGACAUCCGAAAUAUCUGCGUCCUGCUCGCCCCGGGCUUUUCCGGUCUCACUGCCCUCGCAGCAUACUGGUUGACCAACGAGCUGUCCACCUCCAAGUCCGCCGGUCUCCUGGCCGCUGCCUUCAUGGGCAUUGCCCCCGGAUACAUCUCCAGGUCUGUGGCUGGCAGCUAUGACAACGAGGCCAUCGCCAUCUUCCUGCUGGUCCUCACCUUCUUCCUCUGGAUCAAGGCUGUCAAGCAGGGCUCUAUCAUGUGGGCCGCUCUGUGCGCCCUUUCCUACGACUGGAUGGCCGCAUCCUGGGGUGGAUAUACCUUUAUCGACAACCUCAUCGCAGUCCACAGUCUCAUGCUCUGCGUUUCCGGCCGGUACAGCAACCGGCUAUAUGUCGCCUACACUACCUUUUACGCAAUUGGUUUCCUGGGAAUCAUGCAGGUCCCAUUCAUCAACUUCCUGGCCAUCAGCACCAGCGACCACUUUGGAGCCCUCGGUGUCUUUGGCCUGAUGCAAUUCUAUGGCUUCUUCAACUGGUUCACGGGCAUGUUUGACCCCAAAGUGGUGAACAAGUGGCGAUGGGUAUCCUUCUUCGCCCUCAUAGUGGUGGGCAUCGCGGCGAACGUCCUUCUGGUCAGGACUGGCAAGAUCGCUGCCUGGGGAGGACGAUUCUACUCGCUCUUCGAUACCGGAUAUGCUAAGGUUCAUAUCCCGAUCAUCGCCUCUGUCUCGGAGCACCAGCCGACUGCCUGGCCAGCCUUCUUCUUCGACCUGAACAUGUUGAUUUACCUCUUCCCUGCCGGCAUCUACCUGUGCUUCGACAGACUGGGCGACGAGCACAUCUUCCUCAUCGUCUAUGCUGUGCUCGGCAGCUACUUUGCCGGUGUUAUGGUUCGUCUCAUGCUCACACUCACACCAUGCGUCGUCGUCGCGGCAGCCAUCGCGGCUUCGACCAUCCUGGACAACUACCUCUCGGCGGACAGCCCGGAGCCUCAAGACGAGAAUGCCGAGGCUGCCGACGUCCCGGCGAAGAAGGACAAGAGCAACAAACACAAGCACUCGGACCCUUCCAAGCAGCCCAUUGUUGGGAUCUACAGUAAGACUUCGAAGCUGGUCGUGGCCGCGGGAAUGCUGGUGUACCUCAUCCUCUUCGUCAUGCACUGCACCUGGGUCACCUCCAACGCCUACUCCUCUCCGUCUGUGGUCCUGGCCAGCCGCAUGCCUGACGGGAGCCAGCACAUCAUCGAUGAUUACCGCGAGGCCUACCAGUGGCUGCGACAAAACACCAAGGAGGACGCCAAGAUCAUGUCAUGGUGGGACUACGGCUACCAGAUCGGUGGCAUGGCUGAUCGGCCCACCCUGGUUGACAACAACACCUGGAACAACACCCACAUCGCGACCGUUGGCAAGGCCAUGAGCUCCCGUGAGGAGGUCAGCUACCCCAUCAUGCGUCAGCACGAGGUCGACUACGUGCUGGUCGUCUUUGGCGGUCUGCUCGGCUACUCGGGCGACGACAUCAACAAGUUCCUCUGGAUGGUCAGGAUUGCUGAAGGCAUCUGGCCCGACGAGGUCAAGGAGCGAGACUUCUUCACGUCGCGCGGAGAGUACCGUGUUGAUGACCAGGCCACCGACACCAUGAAGAACUCGCUGAUGUACAAGAUGUCGUACCACAACUAUCAUAACCUGUUCCCCAAGGGACAGGCCACAGAUCGUGUCCGUGGGGCCCGCCUGCCAGCAGAGGGCCCGGUCCUCAAUACCGUCGAGGAAGCUUUCACCAGCGAGAACUGGAUUAUCCGCAUCUACAAGGUCAAGGACCUCGACAACUUCGGUAGGGACCACAGCGCCGUGGCAGCUUUCGAGAAGGGCCACAAGAAGAAGAAGCCCGUUAAGAAGCGGGGCGCUCGAACCCUCAGAGUCGACUAG